AUGGAGUCGCCAACCUUGUUCGUAGAUAAUCUACCAGAUGCUCUUCAUUGGAAGGGAUUGUGGCAGCUCGUUGGCAGACAUGGAAAAGUAAAGAGUGUGUUCAUUGUAAGUAAACAAAGUAGAGGAGGAACAAGGUUUGCAUUCGUAAGGAUGGAUCAUAGGGAUGAAGCACUGGAAAUGAUUGAGAAGCUAAGUGGAUCAAACAUCUAUGGUAAGCGUAUCUUUGUAGGGUUGGCUAAAUACGAAAAGAGAGAUAGGUUGACUAGUGUUAAGAGAAUGAAUCUCCACCUAAACAGGAAGAAUUCAUGGGAAGGAGAUUAG